CGCUGCUCAUUCUCAGGCCGGGUAGGACCAAAAACCCUGCUAUCGGAGCAACCUAUGAAGAUUGGACUUUACAAUCGCAAUCCAUCUUCCGAAUAGACAACGUUUGUUGGAACUAUAUCACUCUCACUGAUAAGAAGAUAUUCCUAAAUUGUUUAAUCCGAAUCAGAAGGCACUGGGAAGAGGCGCAAAGAAAAAUUUUCAUACUCGAUGACAUUACAUCGAAAUGUCCGAUCGUUUGGGGCAAAUAACCAAGUCCAAGGAUGGGAAAAGCAAGUAUUCCUCACUCAGCUUAUUUGACAAGUACAAGGGAAAAUCAAUAGAAACUCAGAAAAAUACAGUAGUUCCACGACAUGGCUUACAGAGUCUUGGCAAAGUGGCCACAGCCCGGCGCAUGCCCCCACCUGCUCACCUGCCGAGCUUGAAGUCUGAAAACAAAGGAAACGAUCCCAACGUGAUUAUAGUGCCCAAAGACGGUACAGGAUGGGCGAACAAGCAGGAACAACCCGAUCAAAAGAGUUCCACUGCGUCAGUGCCACAGCUGCCGGAGUUGCAGCCGCAGCUGGCUUUACAGAAAUCUGUCUCCAAUCUUCAGAAGUCCUUACCAGUGGCCAACCAAGAGAACACAAACACAGGUGGACCAAAGCAAUGGGCCCAGCUAAAUGGCAAGGCAGUAGAGCAAGAUGGUUUAAGGGCCUCAAACCGACUUCAGCCCUUCUCUCACGAGGAAUUUCCCACCCUGAAGGCAGCUGGAGAACAGGACAAAGUUGGCAAGGAAAGAAGCGGCUUCGAUCCGUCGUAUGGGCCCGGACCAAGCCUCCGCCCCCAGAAUGUGACGAGCUGGAGGGAAGGUGGUGGCAGGAACCUUCAGCCCUCAUCCCUCAGCCUGCCAGCAGAUGCUGAGGGUAAGACCACUGCCCAGGGUGAGACUGGCACUCCUCCAGUCUCAUCUCUUCCCUCCGCUGCCACCGGUACCAUCUCAGCUAGCGUCGUGACGGCGCAGUCGCCGGCUGUCGACUCCAAGGAGGUUUCACUCCGACCCGCCCAGCCUGUGCGCAGACUUGCCGUCCCUUCUGCCCUUCAGUAUCAGCUCCAUCACACUUCAAAUGCUGUCUACCAUGACAUGUUGCCUGCAUUUAUGUGCUCUAAAGAGACUCGUGAAGCUACUGGUCCAGAUAAUGUUUCUACUACAGUAGCAGCCCCGGCUCGAUUUGACAGCAAACCCACUUUCAGGCAAAGUUUUACCAAAACUGAACUUGUAAAUGGUGACGCGAGAAGAGAGAAUCGCUUUGUCCGUGUCCCUCCUCGACUCUCUUCUCAGCCCAUCCGCAGGCCUGGCGACAGACCACAGCGCCCAGCCAUUAUUAACGCAGACGAUUUGAAGGAUCUUGAUGAUCUUGACAAUGACUGUGAGGACGGAUGGGCUGGACUUCAUGAAGAAGUUGAUUACAGCGAGAAGCUUAAGUUCAGUGAUGACGAAGACGAACAUGCUCCAAGUGACAGAACCAAGAUGUGGAAUGAAUGGGACAAGCGGGACCACCAAUCCUCCUUUAGUUCAGGGGAACAGUCUUAUCCUCAAGAAUCUCCUGAGGACAAUUAUUCUUACCAACAUCACCAUGAGCCGUCCAAGAAGCUCAGCAGCAGAUUUCUCUGCACUGACAGCCAGGCCAUGCAGAAAAACCACAGUGAUCCACUAGCUGACUCAGAUGAUCACCAGCGGCCUCAGAGCCAGGCUCUAGCUAGGGGGAAGUAUGUGACGCCUGAGCGUUCUGAAGCUGUUGAGAGAGCCCGUAGACGUCGGGAGGAAGAAGAAAGACGUGCUCGUGAAGAGCGACUAGCUGCAUGUGCUGAAAAACUCAAGAAGUUGGAUGAGAAGUUUGGGAAGAUUGAAAGACAGGUGUCGAGGACCGAAGAUUGCUCAAAGGAAGCAGAGAGCAAGGAAGUCCCACUUUCCCCAAACCAGGAACAGAGUAAAGGCCAUAACGAAAACUUGCAGUACAGCACAAAAGAUGGAAGUGAUUGUCUGCCAGUCUCCUCUGGCAGUAGUUAUCGUGAUGAGCCAGGCUUCUCCACUCACCGCAGUAGUGAAGAUGAUGGUCAGGAGCCCUCCUCCCCCUCAGAAGACUACAGUGGACGUCAGCUCUCUAAAUCAGUUCCACCCCGCUUCCAAAAGCAGCCACAGCACCACCAGCAGCAGGAGUCUUUGCUUAAAAUGCAGCAUUGGCAGCAGUCAGGACAUCCCACUUCAGGCUCGAGCCAUGCCCAGCGGCGCUAUUAUCCCCCACAUGUUCUCGGGUUUGAUCCUCGCUGGAUGAUGAUGCCACCUUUCAUGGACCCACGCAUGACUCAAGGACGAUCUCCUGUAGACUACUAUCCAGGUUCCGUUCAUUCAUCAGGAAUGGUAAAACCUGCCAUGCAUCAAGACCAUUUAAACAGUCCUGGUUCAGAUGAAGGAUGCCAUUCCAAACUGCAUUUAGAGAAGCGAACUUCAUCCACUGAGCCUUACCAAGUGUGGAAUCAAGAUAGCCACCCACUGCGCAGCUUCACCCCACCUUACCAGAGGCAGCAUGAAAGCGCAAACAGGGGCCAGCCUGGUGACAGCGAUGAUUCCCAUUCUGACCCAUAUGAAGACCGGGCCAGUGAGAGCUUGAGAUACACUCAAGGCAAUCUUCCCCAUCAUGCUUAUCAGAGCCAAGAAUCGGAGAAAGAACGCAGACACCAUGACCAAGGUCUUCUCACCACUGCUCAGAGCCUCUCUCAAAAUUUUCCAGACAGUGAAUGUACUGAUCAAGACCUUAGAGAUAAGCAUUUAAAAGAUGGUCUUGAAAAUCAUAUUGAGACUUUGGAUAACUCUGAAGACAACUGGAAAAGAGAUGGAGGCCUGAAACAAGAUGGGGGUCUUAAUUCCCAGAGUCAGUGGUCUGAGGCCAGUUCCAGCAGCAGCGUCAACCAGCCAUCUGAGACCAUUGGUCGGAUAUUAACUCGCAGAACUGGCCCCAUCAAGAAACCAGUUCUUAAGGCUCUUAAACUGGAAGACAAAGAGAAUGAAAAGCCUAAAUCUGAACCUGAGGAAAAACCUGUGCCCUAUCGCCUGGAGAAGGAAGUCCUUACCAAUGUUUAUGACUUAAAGAAAGAUAACCAGGCUACCAGCAAUAGGCGUCCAGCUUCACCUGUUGCUGAAAAACCGUCUGAAGAAAGGCGGCGCCAGUCACCAGUUCCUACUAAAACAGACAGGCCUCAAAGCACCCAUAGUGACGAUUUCCCAAAGGAAAGCACCUGGGGCACUGGCAAAAGCCAGAUACCUAGAGAUAAUCGGGAAAACCGAGAACCUCAGGCACCACAACGCAAUAAUUGGAUCUUCAUUGAUGAAGAGCAGGCCUUUGGUUCCGUCAGGGGUACAGGUAGAGGUCGCAGCCGAGGCUUUAGGGAAUUCAAUUCUCGUGGUGGAACCCGUGGUGGUCGAGGUGGAGAUACCCUCAGAGGGGCCUAUAAUAAUGGCAAUGGUGUGCUGAGGCCAGCCAGAGGUCGAGCAACACCCAGGGACCUUCUAAAGGCUGAUGAGUAUCAGAGGGGAAGACCUCGCAGGCGAAAUGUUAGCGAGACUUUAAGUGAAGCAUCUGAAUAUGAGGAACUUCCAAAACGACGCAAACAGAAAGGAACUGAGAAUGGAGAAGGUUUGACAGAGUCCGGAGAAGUUCGUAAGGCUGAUAACGACUCUUGGAGAUCCAACAAGAUCUACACAGAUGAGCAUGCAUCAGAUUCCAGAGAAAAGGCCAAGAUGAGGGGCUUUGGAGGCCGCGUUUUGCCUCCCAGGCUGAACAUCAGUGGUAACUACAAUCGAAGCUUUGGGGGAUCCAGAGACAUUUCUACAUGGAGGGGCAGAGGGCCCCAGUUUGGCAACAACAGUGGCUCUGUGCAAGAGAAUGGGUACGGUCCUGGAGUAGAGGCUGCUUAUUCCCGCAGACCACCAAAUGAACGUGAGGCUUUCAAGUACACUCCUAAAUUUACAGGCUCCUUUAUGGAAAAUGGCUCUGAGGACCGUGAGGGAGAAUACUACUUUGAGAAUGAGAACCCCGACAGACAGCUGUUAAGAAGGCGCCGUCCUCCACGUCAGGACAAACCUCCCCGCUUUCGUCGUCUACGACAAGAACAGGAACCUGGAUCAAACCAGUGGACAAGUGAUGAGCACAUAAAUGGAGACUUUGCAAAUCCAUGGUCAAGUCGCACCAAAGGCAGUGGUGAUGACCACUGGCCCAGUGGGCAAUUUUCUGGACAUUCCAGCCAGCAUGGUCACACAGAAGAAUGGGAAACAGGAUCAGACAACAGUGACUUGGGGGAUUGGAAAGAGAAGCGAGGUGGAAGUGGAGGCGUGGCUUCUCAAGGACACAUUGACAUUCCCUCAGAUUCUGGCCACAGUGAACCAGGCUCUGGUGAGAAGAGGGAACUUUCAAAGAGAAGCUUCUCCAGUCAGAGACCACUGGUGGAGCGACAGAACCGGAAAGGAGAGCCAUCAAUCCUGGAAGUAAGCAAGAUGAUACGCACACCUGAUAAUCUCCCCCCUUCAUCUAACCGGAGUGACAGCUGGCAGAAUGGAGGGACUUCUUGCAAAAGGAGCCCAGAUGAGUCUGGACCAGUUUACUGUGUGGAGCCACCGCCAGAGGACAGGGAGCCCAGCGAGCCCUCAGGGAAGAAAUUAGACAAGGAACUGAAACCAGGACCUGUCAAGACUGAGUUGGUUGAAUCUCUCUCCCAGUAUGAGCUCAGUGGUUACUCAAUUGAUGGUGACUCAAGGGGACGAAGUACAAUCCCAGAUGGAUACCAGGAUGCCUUGUUAAAAAAUCAGCGACGUCCACAGGAAGAUGAGAGGAGGAGAAAAGAACAGGCAGCCUCUGUGCUGGUCAAAAGCAGGACAGUUGUCUCUAAGAUACCACCACGCUUUGUCAAAAAGCAAGGAAGCAUGAACAUCGAACAACCUGAGGAAACCAUUUCUUCACCAAACAAUCUAGGAACUGAGAUCUGGGAGACGAACAGUUCAGCUCUUUCAGUCCAGUCUUCAGGAGGAGAUUCGUGGACAAAACAAGUGUCUUAUACCGGUAGUGAACCCAACUCGGAGGAUUCUGAUGCUGGCCCAGAACAGAGUAAAGAACAGCACAAACCAGGGCCCAUCGGAAACGAACGCUCCUUGAAGCACCGUAAAGGCUCAGAAGGUGUUGACAGGCUGGAAAGUGGACCCAUUACUCCUGUCAACGGCGUGGAUCUUCACGUGGACUCGGUGCUGCCGGUGCCUCCGAUAGAGUUUGGUGUUAGUGCCAAAGACUCUGACUUCAGCCUUCCACCGGGCUCCACCUCAGUGCCCGUUUCUGAUCCCGUUAACAAGCUUCAAGCACUUGCUACUGACACAUCUCUAAAUCAGAGUAUUCCUAUGUUGCGUUCCAACCACCUGCAGCCUGGCAUUGGCCUCAACACCAUGUUCCCCAGUGCUGACCUCACACUAAAGAUGGAAUCUGCACGCAAGGCGUGGGAGAAUUCUCAGUCCCUCCCCGAGCAGGGCUCCCCAGGUGGAGGUGUUUCAGGUGCUCAGCCUCCCUGCAGCGCUGGUUCUUCCACUGGUGUCAGCUAUAGCUCUUUUGGGGUUUCCAUGCCUCCGAUGCCGGUUGCAUCAGUGGCACCUUCCAUGUCCAUGCAAGGUAGUCCUAUCCCCCCUUUGUAUAUGGAUGGCCAUGUUUUUUCAAGUCAGCCACGCCUUGUGCCUCCCACUAUGACCCAGCAGCAGACCUAUACACAGGCAGCUGCAGCCCAGCAGAUACCCAUCUCUUUACACACAUCUCUUCAGGCUCAGGCUCAGUUGGGGCUUCGAGGAGGCCUGCCUGUCUCUCAGUCUCAGGAGAUGUUCAGCUCCAUCCCUCCGUUCAGGUCCCAGGUUUACAUGCACCCCAACUUGUCACAGCCAAGUCCCAUGGUGCUGUCCGGUGGAGGUCCUCUCAAAGGACCUUACUCAGCUUUUCCUGGUAUGCAGCCUUCAGACUUGGUGAAACCACAGUCAGGCUCACACUAUCAGCCUUUGAAUGGCAGCCAGCAGCUAAUGUACGACAGCCAGAUGAACCAAGGGCCCGGAAUGGGUUCUUCACAACUGAUGGACUCCCAGCUCAUUCAGGUGACUAUGCCCCUUCCUGGCUCUCAACUGCGCUACGGUUCAGCUCAGCAGCUUCUUCUCCCGCAGUCAAUUCAGUUGCAGCAGGGACAGAAUCUGUCAGUAGGAGCUCCACGCCGAAUGUUGCCACCCGGCUCCCAGCCUGCUGUCAUGACUGGCAGCAGAGAGGGCUCACAGAUGGAAAUGAAAGGUUUCCAGUUCUCUGAAAAGCCCAAUCAUUCCCCGGGUCUAUCUGGAGGUUCCUACAGACCUGGUUCUGCUAGCCCAAGCGGGAAGCCCUCUGGCCCUGGUGGACCUGUGGUACCUCUGCCUGCUCAUUUUACUCAGCAGGUUUCACCAGCUCAAGGCAGCAUGGUAAUGCACAUGCGCCCACCCACUGGUCCUUUCCCCAAUCCCAUUCAGAGACCUGUCAUGCAGGUCAACAAGCCCGUCAUUAUCCGUUCCCCCCUUUACCCUAAUCCUGGCCGUGACCCUUCCCAUUCUACCCCUCCUUUAGUCCCUGAGCCCCCAGUCAAAGGGCCAGAGGAUGGCAUGAAGGUGAGCCACCCCCUGUAAAUAUAGAGUAAGACAUUGCGAGAAAUGCGCAAGGCAGUGAGGGAGGGCACGUCGCCAUCCGGGGGCUUGACCAGCAAACUCCAGGAGCCCCUAACCUCCACGGGUCAAGCCAAACCAGCACGCACUGGAGCCAUCAAACCCCAGGCUGUCAAAGUGGAGGAGGGUAAGGCGUAACAAUGGACCUUAAAAUCCUCAUCGCAGCCGAGCCUGCCAACACAAAGCUGCUUGACCGAUGGCCGAGCCGCUCUAAACCCAGCUGAUCCCGAGGCUCCAAGGCAAGGGGCACACACAGGCUUCUUGGACUUCCAGAACUGGACACUAUUAUGUCACCCCGAGUAUAGAGAUAUAUAAAUAUAAAAUAUAUAAAUAUAUAUAUAUUACACAUACACACAGACCAUCUUUUAUUCAGAUCUCUUUGCGUUUCUCUUUAAUUUAUUAUUAGACCCUUUUAAAGAAGAGAUUAGUUCAGAGAGACCAGAUGCUUUGUGAUUUUCUUGGUAAGCGGAGAAAAUAAAAAAAAAACUCACAUGGUUCACUUUUCAUACUGUUUUCUGCCAAACUGUAUUCACUUCCUGUAUAUGAACUGUAGCCCUCAGAUCCAGAACCUUGAGAUAAAUGUACUUUGAAAAGCAGAGCGUUAUUAUUAUUAUUUUUUUUAACUACGUUGAAAUGCAGUGGGGCACGUUUGUCAUUUUCGUUCAGACUUUGCUGGUAAAUAAAAGUUGACUUCAUGACCACCCAUUCAAGCCACA